AUGUCGUCGCCGGACGCAUCCUCUCGCAAGCGGGCUCGUAUCAGCGAACCUGGUGCCAGCGCUCCGCUCAGUCGCCCGGUCCUGGCCGAGCUCCUAAAGUCCUUCUCGCAGGAGGAGGUCCUGAACUUUCUGCUGGAUUCGGCAGCUCGUGACCCGCAAGUGAGCGACGACGUGCAGGCCGCAUUCGAAAAGCGCAAGAAGGCCGAGUCGGAGCGUUCGCGUGACUUCGACCACUUCUCCAAGUCGAUCUGGAAGGACCUGAACGUCACGUACGACCGCGCGUCAGGCCGCCGACAGUAUGACGCCGGCUACGAGGUCUGUGCGGACAUCGAAAGCACGUUCUACACGAUCGCGAAGGAGACCCCUGCCUAUGCAACCUCAGGGACGAAGCUCAGCGCGCUCGAGACGAUGCGCAAGAUCCUGAAGAGUCUUGUCCUCUCGCAAGGCGAGGUGCCCAAGGUUGCCCGGAACAACUUCUACUCCAUUGAGGAAAUGAUCGCCGUCGCCAAGACGUUCAACAAGCAAGAGGCUGGAAUGGCGAGACGCAGGGGACUCGUUGCCAGACUGGAGGAGCUUAGGGGUCUGCAGGCGGACUACCUGGAGGUGUGGGACGUGCAGAACGUGAUCGACAUCAAGGAGGCCGAAGCAACCUGA